GGCAUUGCAGAGAGAUCUGACAUUGGGUCCGAGCUCAGCUCACUCGGCUCCGGAGUUGCCUGAGAAGUCACGACCGAAGGACGCUACAGCAUCACGAGCAGUGUCCACGCAACCAUAGACCAACAUGGCAACCUCUGGCGGACCCCCAAAAGCUGCCAAAGAUCUCAUCGCAAGCGAGGGCAUUGACCUUUUCAGACAGGAAGCACACCCGCUCCUCACUAUACCCGGGCCUGUAGAGAUCGCAGACAAAGUGCUGUUCGCCAAUGCUCAUAGCAGCGUCGGUCACACGACUGCCGCCUUUAUCAACGUCUUCAGAGAGUGCAUCGAGCUCACCCAAGCUCUGCUCGGCGCUCAUCGUGCUCAGCCCUUCCUCGUGGCCGGUAGCGGAACGCUCGGCUGGGAUAUGGUCGCUGCCAAUCUGAUCGAACAGCAAGAUAAAGCACUCGUGCUGUCCACUGGAUAUUUCUCUGACGCUUUUGCCGAUGCACUGCGAGCUUAUGGCGCCUCAGUCGAUGUGCUCGCUACUCCUCUCGGCCAUGCACCUGAUCAGAGUCAGGUGCGCAAGGCCCUGCGAUCGAAUUCAUACAAGAUUUGUACCAUCACCCACGUCGAUACGUCUACUGGCGUACUGGCAGACAUCAAGCAGCUCGCCAAGAUCAUCAAGACCAUCUCGCCUGGUACCCUCGUCAUCGUCGAUGCUGUCUGCUCUGUGGCAAGCGAGGAUAUCCAGUUCGAUGCAUGGGGUCUGGACGUACUUCUCACUUCGAGUCAGAAAGGACUCGGCGUACCGCCCGGACUGAGCAUCACUGUGGCUUCUCAGCAAGCUCUGCGCGCACUCGAGGAGCGAAAGACACCAGUGGCUGCCUACUUUGCCGAUUGGCAGCGCUGGCUGCCCAUCAUGCGCGCUUACGCAGAGGGCCGACCGGCUUACUUUUCCACUCCGCCCACGAACCUCAUCUUUGCUCUACAAGCUUCCCUCAAGACCAUCAUGACCGAGACGCCUGAUCUGGCGACCCGUCUUCGCCUCCAUCGCGAGACGAGCUACUUUCUCAAAUCCAGUCUGUCCUCGAUUGGUCUGAAGCAGAUCCCAGCACACUACAGCUGCUCAGCAAACGGAAUGACGACGGUCUAUCUGCCUGACAAGAUCGCGCCUGCCGCUGUCAUGGGCGCAAUGGCCAAGCGCGGCAUCGUCAUCGCUGGCGGGCUGCACAAGGAUGUCAAAGAUCGUUAUAUCCGUAUCGGCCAUAUGAAUCUGACUGCUAUCGAUAACGAGCGUCAAGACAUCGCCAGAGUCUUCGAAGCGCUCAAGUCGACUUUGGCAGAGCUGGGCUAUACGCCUGCAGCCGUUCCAAAGUCCACUCAGACGUCACAAUUCUCUCCCUCGCAAGCAUCUGUAUCCGCAAAAUCACGUCUCUGAACGCACGACACCUCGCAUUGUACUGCAUCAUUAGUAGAGCAUGUCAUGCAACGUCUGUUUCCUACAACAUCAAUGAAAGUGCAAAGCAGGUCAUGAGCAAUGUGAGACUUGCUGCGAGGUUCGGAGAGGAUGAUCGUUUGGCAAGCAAGACGUUGACAUCUAACGAGUUGCAGUACACAUUGCCGUAUCUAUCGUCAGCUUGCAUGAGAGUCGACCGUGCAUCGCCACCGGCUCGUUGAGGAGCGGGCAGAGCUUGCAUGGCGCCAUAGCUCCCUUCGGCGGUAAUGCCGGGUAAUGGACAUGUCCAACCAAAGAGCGGAAACGGGCAGCUGGCUUGCACUAGCUCACAGACCGACAGACAGGGUAAGACCUCGCCAUAAGGAAAAGGCUGAACGAGAUCGAAUCCUUGCAGCGUAUCG